ACGCAGACCCGGUGCUCAGAGCCCACCGUGGCCCCACCGUAAGCCGCUCAAGCUGGGUCUUGUCACGGUGAUAGCAGGUGGCCCUGGGCUGGGGGCUGGGGGCUCCCUACAGAGCAGGAGGCCUGAGACCUCAGAGACCACCCGAGUGCUGCCUCUGCCGCCAGCCUUGCUGGUCCGUGGUCCCACUGGCUCCCCCGAUGCCUGGCUGAGACCCAGCAGUGGCCCGAGCUGUCUCUGCCACCUCCUGGCCCCCAAGGUUGCCACUGCAGCAGGCAACGACUUGGGCACCAGGCAGCUAACAGACACGGAGGCUGGCCUGAGCAGCAGCGGCAUGGGCAGCGCCAGCCCCAGCCUGAGCAGCCUGCCCCCCAGCCGCCUCCCGCUGUCCCCCAACACUGUGUUUCGGACGGGCCCAGAGAAGGUGGCAGCCAGCGUGGUCAGGCCCGAGAGGCAGGACUGGAGCCCCAGCCCGCCUGCCACACUCGAACAGGGUCUGUCUGCCUUCUACCUCUCCUACUUGGACAUGCUGUACCCCGAGGACAGCAACUGGGCUGCCAAGGGUCCCGGGGUCAGCACUCAGGAUAAGCCACCUGAGGAGCCUGAGCAGUGCCCAGUCAUCGACAGCCAAGCCGCGGGGGGCAGCCUGGACUUGGUUCCUGGCGGGCUGGCCCUGGAGGAGCACUCACUGGAGCAGGUGCAGUCCAUGGUGGUGGGCGAGGUGCUCAAGGACAUUGAGACAGCCUGCAAGUUGCUCAACAUCACUGCAGACCCCAUGGACUGGAGUCCUGGCAACGUGCAGAAGUGGCUCUUGUGGACAGAGCACCAGUACCGGCUGCCCCCCGUGGGCAAGGCCUUCCAGGAACUGGGGGGCAAGGAGCUGUGCGCCAUGUCAGAGGAGCAGUUUCGCCAGCGCUCACCCCUGGGCGGCGACGUGCUGCACGCCCACCUGGACAUCUGGAAAUCAGCGGCCUGGAUGAAAGAGAGGACUUCCCCUGGGAUGGUCCACUUCUGCGCCUCGGCCAGCGAGGAGAGCUGGACGGACAGCGAGGUGGACUCGUCCUGCUCUGGGCCGCCCAUCCACCUGUGGCAGUUCCUCAGGGAGCUGCUGCUCAAGCCCCACAGCUACGGCCGCUUCAUCCGGUGGCUCAACAAGGAGAAGGGCAUCUUCAAAAUCGAGGACUCCGCCCAGGUGGCCCGGCUGUGGGGCAUCCGAAAGAACCGCCCCGCCAUGAACUACGACAAGCUGAGCCGCUCCAUCCGCCAGUAUUACAAGAAGGGCAUCAUCCGGAAGCCGGACAUCUCCCAGCGCCUCGUCUACCAAUUCGUGCACCCCAUCUGAGGGCCGCGGGCCAGGCCCGGGGCUGAAACUCACCCUUCCCUGACCUCCCUCCUGCCUGCCCCUGUCUGAACCAGACCCUGAGCUGGGGGAGAGACAGUGUGCCAGCAUUCGGUGUCCAAGGUCAGGGGGCAUGGCCCAAUGCUCCCAGGAGUGUAGCGAGCUCUCUGGGGCCAGAGAGCCCUUCCUCCUCGGGCCAGACUGUUCAUGCCCACCCACUGCAGGAUGAAGGGAGACAGGGCUGUCCUCAGUGUUCACAGCUCCCCAGGGAGGGCGCUUCCUCCACACCAGCCUCUGACCUCAAGCAUUUCUAGAACAGACCUAACAGAAUGGCAGUGACUGGUCCAGGGCCACUCGCAGUCCAGCGCUCUCCUCCACUCAGUCUGCACCAUGCCUGGCAUGGUGCUAGGA